GUCGGUGUGAGUUCCACUCUUGUGGCUCAGCACAUGAGAGGUGACCUUGAGUCCCUCCAGCUGCCCUUGCUCUGUCCCCUGCUGCCAUCUUUGGCUGCCAUCUAGACCCCCCAGACUUGGGAUUCAGUUCUUCUUGGGAUUCAGUCACACAACCACUGUUCCGGGGAAUCUUCCAGGGCCUGCUUUCUUCUGUUAGUGAUAGAAUCAUCCCAGUGUGGCAGGAAAUAGAGAAUCGUGUGCCUUGUUCUAGAGAAGUUUGAAAGCAAAGGAGUGAGCCCCUUUCUGUAGGAAACCUGUCAAAGGGGCUGGCUUCCUGGGAGAAGGGAGUCGAGAUGAGGCCUCUCUGCGCUGAGGUGGCCAUUUAGAUCCUGGGCUUUGGUGCUGGAAUCCAAGACAUUAACCAAAACCACAAGUCGCGCUUGGCCUUCCUGGCCUGGCCUGACAGGUUUGUACUCUGGCGAGGCAGCCAUGGCCCAUGUAGAGACGGCACCCAGCACAAGCACCGAGGGUUAGAAGGGGUCUAGAAAUGCGGUUCAGCAGGGCUGAGUGGCCAUCUCCAGGGGCCUUUCCUCCCAGAAAGCGGGGAGACGACUUGUGUGGCCAUUUCCAGCUUUUUGUCCAGGGGAAUGCAAGCAUCCUGGAGAACUGUGCUUUUUUAACUCAAGCCCACGAGAUGUAAAGUAUGAUCCACACAACGUGAACUUGACUUUUUGAUUUCCCAAGAGUCUUGAAGCAGGUCCCCCUCACAGGCAGGUCCAGGCCAGUUUCCCUCAGCGUUUCCAUUAGUGACAAAGGAGGGCCUGGCUGGAAGAAUUGCUCCCAUCCCCGUCCUGGCCCUGUGCAGCCCAGGCCGGCAGCCCCCUCCACCUGGGGCUGUGGUACCUAAAGGUGGAGUCUGAGUUGAGAUGUGCUGUGAGCAUAAAAUACACCAGAUUCAGAGAGUGCAAAAUAGACAAAAUAUCUGUGUUUAUUUUUUGGAUUAAUUACUUGUUGAAAUGCUAUUUUGAUUAUAUUGGGUUACUUACAAUAUAAAACUUAAUUUUAUGUGUGUGUUUUGACUUUUUUAAUGCAGCCGUUCAGAUUUUAAAUUACUUAGGUGGCUUGCAUUCUGGUUUUUUCAGACGGGUCUAAAGUAGUAUGGAUGAAAAGCACUUACCUAACACAUAGUAAAUUCCUGAAGCCUCCCCAGCAUUCCCCAGCACUCUGAGACUUGGGCUUUUUUCCAAGUGUACAUUCCCUCACUAAGCAGACAAACCAAACAGGAAGCUAACCUGAGAAAGACGUAUAAGGUAAGGCGGAAAUUCAGCCUGGUGCUCUCCCCCUGCACAGCUUGACUCCUGAGUGGUCAGCGGCCACUCGUCUCAUCCUCUGGUUCACAGACCCUAAUGGGCAGCUCUAAGAAUUAGGAAAACCAGAAGAUACACAGACACACACACACGCGCGCACACACACACACACACACAGUCUAUUUAUCUUUCUAUCUCUUUUUCAUUUCUAUCCUAAGGACAAGAAGCAGUUCACAUUUAUGUAGGAUGGACAGCAUAUAUAUUUACUGUAAAAAAAAAAAAAAAAAAGAAUUAGGAAAACCUCCCAAGGAGAGUCAGGCUGGGUGGCCUCACUCAGCUGCGCCGUGUGGACUGUCGCAGGAGAGCCUGCGUUUCCGGAGUCCCGCCCUCGUUAGCCUGCGUAUGCAGGCUGGCUGCUGUGCGAGGCGUUGGUGUUCUCGACUGGAUGCAUCCUUGUCUGAACUGCAUCCGUGGCGUGGAGGCGCACAGACCUGGAGCGGGAUCCCAGCUUUGCCACCUCUGCCUGGGGGGCCUCGUGCAGAUGAGCAAGGGCUUCAUUUUCAACCUGUGUGGAAACAAGGCCAGUCCUCAUAGUCAUGCUGGGCGUCUUAAGUAAAGACCUAGAAAAGAGUCUGGCUCUGUGCCUGACCCGCUGUAGGAACACGAACGUUAGCCACGUCCUUUUGGUGGGCCCCGAGGGAGAUGAAUCAAAAUGCAGGGGCCCAGCAAGCUGUUCAUGAGUGUCCUCCCCCCACAGGGAAGUCCCACCUGGCCAUCGUGCAGAAGGUGAACAACGAGGGUGAGGGCGACCCCUUCUACGAGGUCCUGGGCCUGGUCACCCUGGAGGACGUGAUCGAGGAGAUCAUCAGGUCCGAGAUCCUGGACGAGUCUGAAGACUACCGAGACACUGUGGUGAGGAGGAAGCCUGCUUCUCUGAUGGUGCCUCUCAAGCGGAAGGAGGAGUUCUCCUUGUUCAAGGUGUCUGAUGAUGAAUAUAAAGUAAAAAUCUCGCCUCAGCUGCUCUUGGCCACCCAGCGCUUCCUGUCCCGAGAAGUGGAUGUGUUCAGCCCACUACGCAUCUCUGAGAAGGUCCUGCUGCACCUGCUGAAGCAUCCCAGCGUCAACCAGGAAGUGAGGUUUGACGAGAGCAACCGCCUGGCCGCACACCACUACCUAUACCAGCGCAGCCAGCCGGUGGAUUACUUCAUUCUCAUCCUGCAGGGCAGGGUUGAAGUGGAGAUCGGGAAAGAGGGUCUGAAGUUCGAGAAUGGGGCGUUCACAUACUAUGGAGUGUCGGCGCUAACCGUGCCUUCCUCAGUUCACCAGUCCCCGGUGUCCUCGCUCCAGCCCAUCCGCCAUGACCUGCAGCCCGACCCAGGUGACGGCACGCGUUCGUCUGCGUAUUGUCCCGACUACACCGUGAGGGCGCUCUCUGACCUGCAGCUCAUCAAGGUUACGCGGCUGCAGUACCUCAACGCACUCCUGGCUACCCGAGCCCAGAACCUGCCACAGUCCCCUGAGAACACCGACCUGCAGGUUAUGCCAGGCAGCCAGACCAGGCUCCUUGGCGAGAAGACCACCACAGCGGCAGGUGAGCGCCGAGUGGCACACCGUGUGCGGUGUCUGGACCCACGUGCUCUGAGCUCACACACACAGACUUGACUUUCGCCGCCCCACCCUGCCCUCUGUCUUUUUUCUCUUCUCCCCAUCCUUUUCC